AUGGCCAGUAACCCGCUGUUCGACAACCAGUUCAUGUCGGUGCUGCAAGACUCGCUGGCGCGCCAGGGCGACCAGGCGCUGACCAGCGCGCCGCCAGCAGAGCCGCGGGUGUCGGCCACCGAGGAGGUGCUGACCGUGGCGCUGCAGCAGAGCAAGCGCACCCUCAUGCAGCUGAUGGCCUGGCGCGAGCAGAUCGACCGGCAGGUCGCCGCCCAACAAAAGCAGGUUGACCGCAUGGAGUUUGCGCUGAACAAGAGCCGCAACGAUGCCGCCUACCUGCGCGCCAUGAAGGAACUGCUGCAUGGAGACAUGUAG